GAAGAUCACACGGAUACGUGUGGCAGACAAGGACACAAUUAGAUGACGAGGAAUAAAAAACCAACUCACUUAAAAUAAAAGGAAGAGUUUAUUAACCAGUUUCCUUUGCAUUUACAGCCAUUGUGACACAAGAUCAUGAACUGUCUCCAGCUUUUACUUCUUUUGGUUUGCACCAUUAAUGAGGCCUAUGGACGGUUACAGGGCUAUAUGCCUAUGGUCAGGUUGGAGUUAGAUGUUUUCUCUGGCAGAACUAACCCUUGGGUUGAUGUACCUCUUCCAUUUAUGAUGAAUAUGAUGAAUGAGAAUCCACCAAGGCCCAUGAAAAAAACUGUCAAAGAGCUUGGAUAUCGGGGAUUUAUUCUGAACAAUGGACAAAAUACCAUGACGAUUCCCGGUGGUUCCAGCCGACAACUUGAGGGACGACUGAUGAGGUUUUUCAAUAUCCCUAUGAAUGUUAGAAAACACUGCAAUCAACAGAUCUUUGGCAAAAACUCCAACAACCCUAUAUACACGGAAUCUGUCAGAAGUUGUCAGAAUCCACAAUCAUCAACAGUAUUUGAGGCCUCUAAAUGGAAUGCAAAUUCAGCUGUACAGAGUGGAAACAACUGUUAUAACUACGCCAACGACAUCAUAACAAACACAUUUGCGCAACCAGGAAAAGCGAGUGGGUACAAUUAUCCAAGCAUCUCUGGUGCAAAUAUGCAGCGUGGUUCUGAACUAGACGGACUGGCGUUCGUCGCGUCUCCAUCACAAAACUGUUUACCAGCUCCAAAUCGUAACUUAAUAGCUCUUGUAAUAUGGCCAGAAGUCGAUUACCAUUUCUACCGUUUGGACAGCGAUGGAUAUUUUUCACAUAAACCUGGUCAAACAGCCGCCCGAAAUGUUGAUAAUUCUGGUGCGAUGAUCAGAGAUCCCCGGGUGGCUGAUCGAGGGCCGUACACAGAAUUCCACUGUUUCAUGGAGACCAGUAAUAACAGUGUCCGUAUCAUGUGAAACUGAAACUUUUGAACAAGAAAAUCUAUCAACAGUGGCCCAGAGUUGUUGUUUUUCUAAUUUGGCGAAUGAAACAAAGUAUCACUCAGAUGAAUUAUAGAUAAAAUAAAGUUACUUAAAUUACCA